AUGAGCCGUUGGUCGUCACUCAUCUUGUUCGUCGUCGCUGCGGCGCUCGUCGUUGAGACAUUCGCCGCUUCCGACGAGCCGAUCAUUGUGCGCUCGAAACGCCAACAGUGCCGAUGUGUGAAGAAUCCGAAUGGUGGUUUGACUUGCAGUUGCGCCAAAGGACCCGCUGACGCGUCGUCGAACUCGGCCUAUAACGCGAUGCACGAUGUUCCGCAAUCGGCGGACAUUGCCAAUCAGUUGACAGCGAUUCAGCAGCGCGCGCCUGGACAAGGACAAGCGAGAUGCGGCUGCAUUCAGAUCGUCAUUCAGGGAGUGCCGCAGUACAAUUGUCAGUGUGGCGAUCAAAACGGAAAUCCGUUGCCCACCACCACCACAGUGGCACCAACCACCACUACCACCACCACCACCACGAUGAGGCCAACCACCACUUCCACCACAACCACGACAACCCCACGACCAAUUUGGAGUGAGCCGAAUACGGUGCCAACCUAUACACAGGGACCAAAUAAUGGCGCUUGCAAUUGUAUUAUGAUCAGCAUUAGCAGUCCGCAAACCGCGCAAUACCAGUGCCAGUGCGCCAAUCCGCAACAGCAACAGCAGACUUAUGAUGAUGCGUACAAUGUGCCGGGAACCCUUCCAUCGUUAACUUACACCAGCACCGCAAGCCCCACCACCACUACUACUACUACUCCAUCUACCACCACCGCCGCGCCAAUUGCACCAAUGGUGACAUUGGCGCCGCCGGCGGUGUAUCCGGCCGCCGCCACUGUGCACACAGACCAGCCAUCGUGCUAUUGUGUCGAUCCGGUCACGCACACCAUGUCCGGCUAUUGCGGUUGCACGUGCAACUGUGUGCAGCUACUGGUUUCGACGCCGAACGCGGUCUGCGGUUGCCCACAGGCUCAUGCUUACCCAAGUGAGCCGAUCGACUACACCCAGGUGUUCCCGAAUCAGCCGGCAGUUACCACACCGAUCCCAACUACCACUACCCCUACCACCACAAUGGCACCAACCACUACCACCACCACCACACGAGCCCCAACAACCGCCGCCUACUACGAGCCGCAGCAGGCUGAAAACACACAGUACCCAUUGACGACGACAUGUGUGAUGUAUGUGAAUGUGCCGACGACCGUAUGCUCGUGCCUUCCGCAAUACGAUCAGUGUGCGACGAAUGUGUGCUGUUUGAAGGCGAAAUACAGGAGCUACAAGAAGGUUGAGGAGAAGCAAGACUCGACGAUUGACAUGCUCAUGAAUGUUCUCAAGACGAUCAAGACGAAACUCGAAUAA